AUGGUGCAGGCGAAGUGGUGGCUCGGCAGCCGCGAGACGGAGGCCUCCGUGGACGCGAGGAUCGAGGAGCUCGGCGCGCGCCUCUGCUACUCGCCGCACAACGUCAUCGCCGUCGUCGGCCACUCGCACUACUUUCGGCAGCUCUUCCGCGCGCAGCUCGACGAGCGCGCGACGCUCGACGGAGGCGACGCCUCGGCGCUCACCGUGCAGAAGCUCAGCAACGCAGGCGCGGGACGGCGCGCGGCGAGGCGAGACCCACCGCGCGCCGCCGAGAGGGAGGCGCCACGGAGGCUCUCACCCGCCUCGCGUGCGCGCUCCGCAGGCGCGCGCAUCACGGCGGUCCAGCUGCUGCCGGGGACCGAGCUGGCCUCUCAAAAAAGAAAAAUCUCGUUGGACGGACGGCUGAGACCCGGAAACCUGCUCUCGAGCGAGGGCGUGGCCGAGGGUCAGCGCGUGUGGAUCAAGAACAAAUCGUCGGACCCGAGAGAGCCACCCUUCCUCGCCGGGACUGUCGUCGAGGCGGAUGGCACCACCGCCAAAAUCGCGCUCGACAACUGGGGCUCAGGUGAGACGGUCGCGGUGUCAGAGUCGGAGCUUGACGUGGCCAACGCCGUCUCUGCUGAGCUGAGCGGCGGCGAGGAGCGGGCGGAGCCGGACAACUGCGAUCUUCUCCAGCUCUCAGAGGCGACGCUGCUGCACAACACGCUCCUCCGCUACCGCCGCGACGAGAUCUACACCUUCACCGGACCGAUUGUCACGUCGCUCAACCCGUGCAAGCCCAUCGACGGCCUCUACUCGACGGAGCGCAUGAAGGCUGCCAAGCCUCGCGAGGAGGACGAGCUCGGCGCGCCCAACCCGCACAUCUACUCUGUCGGCGCAAAUGCGUACAAGACCCUGUGCGAGACGGGCCGCAACCAGUCGAUCGUCGUUACGGGCAUCUCUGGCGCGGGCAAGACCGAGGCGAACAAGUACCUCCUCAAGUACCUCGUCUGGCGGGCGAGCAAGGAGGGCACGGAGAGCUCGCCGAUGGCGCAGACCGUGCUCGACUCGACGCCUGUCUUUGAGGCGUUCGGCAACGCGACCACCGUGAUGAACCCAAACUCGUCGCGCUUCGGCAAGUUCAUGCGCGUGCUCUUUGACGACGCGGGCUGCAUCUCGGGCGCCAACAUCUCCACCUACCUCCUCGAGAAGUCGCGCCUCGCCCUGCAGCAGCCCGGCGAGACCAACUUCCACAUCUUCUACCAGCUGCUCGCGGGGCUCGACGACGGCGCCCUCGCCAAGCUCCACCUUGGGCGCGACUCGGCGAGCUUCCACUACCUCACGCGCGCGGGGUCGGGCGUGCGCGAGGGCCUCGACGACGUGAACGAGUUCAAGGCGACCCACUCGUCCAUGCAGACGCUCGGCCUCCGGCCAGACGACGUGUUCUCCAUCCUUGCCGGCAUCCUGAACCUCGGCAACGUCACCUUUGAGGUCGUCGAUGAGAACAACGCCGAGCGCGCGUCCAAGGUGUCGAACCCGGACGUGAUUGCAAAGGCGGAGGCGCUGCUGGGCAUGACCGGCCUCAGCCGGGUCCUCACCGUGCGGCGCGUCCAGGCGGGCGCGCGGGCGUCCGUGUACGAGAAGCCGCUCAACCCCGAGCAGGCGGGCCGCGCGCGCGAUGCGCUGAGCAAGCGCGUGUACGACCGCCUCUUCUCGUGGAUCUGGAUCGGCCUCCUCGACAUCUUCGGCUUCGAGAUCUUCAGCUCCAACUCGCUCGAGCAGCUGCUCAUCAACCUGGCCAACGAGAAGCUGCAGCGCUUCUUCCUCGACUCCGCGCACUACGAGGCGGAGCAGAUCGAGUGGACGGCCGUCGAGGUGCCCGACAACGGCCCGAUCGUGGCCGCCAUCGAGGACCUGCCGAACGGAGUGCUCCCCCUGCUGGACGAGCAGUGCUGGCUCGGCGACCGCGGCAAGGACUCGACUUUCUGCACCCUCCUCAACCAGAAGAACCCCAUCUGCUCCGCCGAGUUCGCCAAGCUCGACCAGAAGGGGCGCGCACGCUUCGACCCGAGCAACAACUUCACGCUCGCCCACUUUGUCGCGCCUGUGACCUACACCGCGCAAGAGUUCAUCGAGAAGAACCGCGACUCGAUCUUCGAGGAGAUGGCGCAUGCGCUCGUCGACUCGACCAAUCCCCUCCUGCCCGAACUCUUCCCAGCCUCCGAGCUCGACGCGACGGAGGUCCGCGCAGCCAAGGGCUCGGGCAAGUCGUACGGCUCCGUGGCGUCCAAGUUUGGGUCGUCGCUCACCGAUUUGCUCGCCGAGCUCGCCUCGACCGACCCCGGCUUCGUGCGCACCAUCAAGCCGAACGUGGGGCUCAAGCCCGGGGCGCCGGACGAGCGGCUGAUCCUCGAGCAGCUGCGGACGUGCGGCAUGCUGCAGUGCGUCAAGAUGAUCCGCUCGAUGUUCCCGACGCGCAUCCUGUACACGGACGUGGUGGCGCGCUACGCCAGCUGCGUCGCGUCUUACUCGUUUAUGGCGGAGCGCGAGCCGCGCGACUUCACCGCCGCCAUCUGCGAGUCGUUCGACGUCGACCCCGAGGAGUACCGACUCGGCCUGACCAAGCUCUUCAUCAAGGGCGGUUGUGCGGUUGCGCUCAACAAGCUGCUCCGCGGCGCCACCACGCGCGCCGAGCAGCUGCUGCAAGAGGCGCUCCUCCGCUGGAAGCUCAAGCUCUGGCACAAGGAGCGUUUCGUCGUCGAGAAGCUGAUGGCGUGGGCCUCGCGCGCGCGCGCGCGCCUGGGGAAGCCGACGAUCCUGCCCACCACCCACCACAUCCUCGCGUACCGAGCGCUCCGGCGAGCCUACGUCGACGAGCUGUGGCGCCAGCGCGCGGCGGCAAAGGUGCAGGCGCUGAUCAAGGCGCGGAAGCAGCGCGAGCGCAACCUGCUCGAGAGGAAGGCUGCCGUCGUCCUCGGCGCUGCCAUGCGCUGCACGCUUGCCCAGCGCGAGCUGGCCCGCCGGAAGGCCAACUACGACGCUGCGACCAAAAUCCAGGCUGCAGCGCGAGCCCUUGCCGCACGAACCUUGUACAACAAACUUCGCGCCGCCGUCUCACUGCAGGCGGCGGCGCGAAUGCGACUGGCGCGACUGAAGCUUCUGGCAUUCAAGGAGGCGCCACUCCGUGCGCUCAUCCGGAUGCAGGCGCUCGCGCGAGGGAAGCCGCCACAGAGGGCGCUGCGGAUGGCGCUGCUCGCGGUGCGCGUGCUGCAGUCCAUCUGGAGGAUGAAGCGGAUCCAGAUCAUCCGGAGGAAGCUGCUCGAGGCGGCGCGCGUGCUGCAAAAGGGCGCCGUCAUGCUCAAGUACAAGAAGAAGGGCGGCUUCCUCGGCACCAACCACGAGCCGCACCGCCGAUUCGUUUGGCUCUCGGGCGACAUGCGCAACCUCUGCUGGUGCAAGCCUUCGGAGCAGGGCGAGCCCGCCAAGGCUGCCAAGCCCACGUUCAUGUCCAAGACCAACAAGGUGAUUGCAAACAAGACGGUCAUCCUGGCCCACGUCGGGGCCAUCGGUAUCGGCGCCCAGACGACCGUCCUUAAGAAGAUGGACAACCCGGGCAUCAUGCAGAAGCUGGUCGAGAAGCGCAAGGACGGCACGAUCGAUGAGAACGCCUUCUCCAUCAUCGUGCCCGGCAUCUGGGACGCAGACACGCAAAAGAUCCUGCCGGAGCGCCGGCUGGACCUGUACGCCGAGUCGAAGUCGGAGCGCGAGGCGUGGGCAAAGGCGCUGAAGGUGGUGCUCGAUCACGGCCACGUCUUCGACACGUCCUACCUCAUUGCGUACCAGCGGCAGCAGGAGGAGAAGGAGCGCGGCAGCUUGGCGGGCAAGAGCGGGUCCGACUCGAGCACGUCCGACCUCUCGACCACCGUCAAAACACUCGCCUUUGCAGAGGGCCAGCUGGCCAAGGCGCAGUCGUCCGACAUUGACGAGCUGCGCAAGCUCUCGGCGCGCACCAACAAAGGUGGCAGCACUGCGUCGCUCGGGCGGGUGCCAGAGGGCAGUCCAGAGGUGCCGGGCGCCCCGCCAAAGGAGUCGGCCAUCUCGGCGAUCAACGCUCGCGUCGGAUCUUUCAUGGUGCGGGGGAAAAAGCCGACGGCCCCGGGCGCCUGACGGGCCCGCGGCGCCACCGCCGCCGUGCUUCAGUCGGCAGACUCGCGUUCCCUCGAUACUCGUGUAACUAUCCCGGGCGUAGCCACGCUCGUCGUGUGGGGGCGACCGUUGGUGCUGUGGAGGUGGGCGCAAGCUCUGUCGGUGCUCCGGGGCUGCAUGCGCAAGCCAACGGCUACGCCUACGGUUCCCCCCUGCUGUGUCUCGGAGAGCAAUGCUGAGAGGCGGCAGGCAGGCAGGGGGGUUGGGACCUCUUGCCUGCGGAUGUAUCGGCACACGCGCUGCCCUCCAUGUCUUUUGUCCUGUGCAAUAAGCAUAUUAUCUGAUCC